AUGUCGAAUUCGUAUGGAGAUUACAAUCAGAAGAUUGACUACGUGUUCAAGGUCGUUUUGAUCGGAGACUCGGCGGUCGGAAAAACGCAGCUGCUGGCGCGCUUUGCGAGGAACGAAUUCAGCGUGGACUCGAAAGCUACGAUUGGAGUCGAAUUCCAGACGAAAACUCUUAUCAUUGAUCACAAGACUGUCAAGGCACAGAUUUGGGACACUGCAGGCCAAGAAAGAUACAGGGCAGUGACUAGUGCAUACUACAGAGGAGCAGUCGGCGCAAUGCUCGUUUAUGACAUGACCAAGCGCCAGUCAUUCGACCACAUGGCGAGGUGGUUGGAGGAGCUGAGGGGGCAUGCUGACAAGAACAUUGUCAUCAUGCUCAUCGGCAACAAAUGCGACUUGGGGAGUCUCCGGGCGGUGCCAACGGAGGACGCUCAGGAGUUUGCUCAAAGAGAGAACAUCUUUUUUAUGGAGACAUCGGCUCUUGAGUCCACCAAUGUUGAAACUGCAUUCUUCACAAUCUUAACCGAGAUAUAUCGGAUAAUCAGCAAGAAGAACCUCACAGCCAGUGAUCAUGAGGUCAAUUCGAGUGGUGGUUCGGGCCUGCUGAAGGGUACUAAAAUCGUUGUUCCGACCCAGGAGGAUUCGGGUACAAGGAAGGGCGGCAGAUGUUGCUUUGCCUCCUAA